AUGGUUCACCAGCUACCUUAUGCUCUCGACGCAGAGACGCCGUUGAGCCCCUCGGAGCUGCAAGUCCUACGAGCCCAGUACGAAAAAGAGGGUGACAUGGUUGGCGUCCAGACAAAGUUCAACUACGCAUGGGGCCUCGUCAAAUCAAACAAUCGCAACGACCAACAACUCGGUGUCCGCCUCCUCAGCGAUAUAUUCCGUCUCUCUCCCGAACGUCGCCGCGAAUGCCUAUACUACCUCGCCCUCGGAAACUACAAGCUCGGAAACUAUGGCGAGGCCCGCCGCUACAACGACCUCCUGCUCGACAAGGAGCCCGCGAACCUCCAGGCUUCCGAUCUACGCCAACUGAUUGACAACAAGGUCGCCAAGGAGGGGCUCAUGGGGGUAGCUAUCCUGAGCGGCGUUAGCAUUGCCGCCGGGGUUGUCGGCGCGUUUUUGUUCAAGAAUGCUAGGAAAAGGUAG